AGUGCUUGGGGUGUGGCCUGCGGCGGGGACGCCGGGGAGAGAGGCGGGGUCUCGGCCGGCGCUGACGCAGUCAUGGCGGAGGCGGCUUUGGAAGCCGUGCGGAGCGAGUUACGAGAAUUCCCGGCCGCUGCAAGGGAGCUCUGCAUGCCUCUUGUUGUGCCCUACCUGGACAAACCCCCAACUCCGCUCCACUUCUACCGGGACUGGGUCUGCCCCAACAGGCCGUGCAUCAUCCGCAACGCUCUGCAGCACUGGCCGGCCCUCCAGAAGUGGUCCCUCCCCUAUUUCAGAGCCACAGUGGGCUCCACAGAGGUGAGUAUGGCCGUGACCCCCGAUGGUUAUGCGGAUGCCGUGAGAGGGGACCGCUUCAUGAUGCCAGCUGAGCGCCGCCUGCCCCUGAGCUUCGUGCUGGAUGUGCUGGAGGGCCGGGCCCAGCACCCUGGAGUCCUCUAUGUGCAGAAGCAGUGCUCCAACCUGCCCACCGAGCUGCCCCAGCUGCUGCCUGAUCUGGAAUCCCAUGUGCCCUGGGCCUCUGAAGCCCUGGGAAAGAUGCCCGAUGCUGUGAACUUCUGGCUGGGGGAGGCGGCUGCGGUGACUUCUUUGCACAAGGACCACUAUGAGAACCUCUACUGCGUGGUCUCAGGAGAGAAGCAUUUCCUGUUCCAUCCGCCCAGUGACCGGCCCUUCAUCCCCUAUGAGCUGUACAGGCCGGCAACCUACCAGCUAACUGAAGAGGGCACCUUUAAGGUGGUGGAUGAAGAGGCCAUGGAGAAGGUGCCCUGGAUCCCACUGGACCCCUUGGCGCCAGACCUAGCACGGUACCCUAGUUACAGUCAGGCCCAGGCCCUUCGCUGCACGGUGCGGGCCGGUGAGAUGCUCUAUCUGCCGGCUCUGUGGUUCCACCACGUCCAGCAGUCCCAGGGCUGCAUCGCAGUGAAUUUCUGGUAUGACAUGGAAUACGACCUCAAGUAUAGUUACUUCCAGCUGCUCGACUCCCUCACCAAGGCUUCAGGCCUUGACUGAUGGAGCGCUGGUGAACACGACCAAGCACGCCUCGGGGGACGGGGCCAGCCCCUCCCUGGCCCGGCAGAGGUGUCCAGGACCUGCCUGCUCACGGUUCGUGUCCUGCAGGCCCAUCGCCUACCCUCUAAGGACCUAG